GAACUGAACUGAGCUGAGGUGGUGAUGGAGAAACGAAAAGAACACGGAACCUAGUGGAGAAUCUACUGCUGUUCCAGAGUAGGUCGUGAGGAGAUGGGGAGAGGGAAGAGAUGGCAGUGAUUCGCGAUUCGGACAGCGACAACUCCGAGGGCAUCGCAGCCGUGUGCCGCAGCAGCACAGAGACACAGAGAGAGACAGGGAGAGAGAGAGAGAGAGAGAGAGCGAGGCUUAGAGCAGCAGCCAACGAACGAGCUCGAGUGACAUCGGGGAAUGAGUAAGAGAAAGGAGUGGAGUGUAGCCAACGAGGUUGAACUCGCAGCUACCGGGACCAGUAGGAGACGGCCGGGAGCGAGGAGAGGAGUGUUGCUGCACGUCAGUCCAGUUUCGAGUACGUACUGCGGUCGAUGGUGUUGGGCGUUCAGGCUCGGCACACAGUCGACACAAUCGUAGGGAGUGAUCUGAGCAGGGCAUAGGAGGGCGUGAGCUGCGAGGUCGAUUGGGCUGUGCAAUCGGGGUUGAGGACCCGCGCUCAACUCUGUGCGCAUCCGUGACAGGACAUGACAAUCACAGCUGAGCACGGGCGUUGGAGCUGCUGGGUCUAGAGAGAUCCCCGUCACGGGAGAGGAAGCUGAAUCGCCGCAGGGCAGCUGGUGAGUCGGACUGCGCAGAUAGAGCGAGAGCAUACGGAAUUGCGUGCGGGUGCACGAGACGGCGACAAGGGAGCUGCUGAAGCAGACAGAAAUUUCGCAUGUGUCACCAGCCUCUGACGAUGGCCUCGAAGCCUCCAAUUUCGUCGACCCUGAAUCCUAAUGCGCCCGCGUUCGUUCCAGCCGCUUACUUGGCAGCCGAAGACUUCUCGCCCGAGUGGUGGCGACUGAUUCAGACCUGCCCGUCGUUUCGGGACUACUGGCUCAAAGAGAGACACACCACGGAGGAGAACGAGCAGCAGGCUGCUGCCGCCGCCGAGGCUGAGGAUUUUGACGAUAUUGAUGAUCUCCUGGAGCUCGGUAUCAUGCACAUCCAGCUGGACGACCUGGAGGAGUCGGAGGAGUCCUCGCCCCCUGCAUUCCGAGCUCCCCCCAAGCAAGCAAACGGCAACAUGCGCGAGGUGGCCAAGCGGUGAAGGUGUGGGUGGACUAGGUGGACUCGUUUGAAGGUGUUCUCUUGUUAGCGUGAGAGGCUCGAGCUCGUUAUUUGCGACGAGGCUUUAUCAUCUGAAACAACCGGUUUUGAAGCGAGGACACACGCAGUGGCCAUUCAUGCAGUUCAGCUACGCUUGUGUGUGUUCAACCCAAAAUGUUGUUGAUGAGUGAAUGAAGAGAGUGUAGGAGCUAGACUCGGUGGGGUAGCUUAGCUGUUAGCUGCGUAGGCUGUCUGCUGUCUUUUGGCUUGUCAAGGUUUUGACAGUUUUCCCAAAUCAACCCAUCCACUCGUAGAAUUCUGUGUGAAGCAAAAGCUGUAUAUCCUGUAACCCCGAUCAUCUUUGUUCAUACUUAUUAGGCUUCUAGCAAGAGAGACCUUCGGCCACUUUAUGUAUAUGAUGUAUCACAUCAGCUCUUGUAACGCAUACCAGCAGAGUAAAGUACUGUCUCGACUUUUCACGACCG